CAUCACAAUCAAUAUUGGGAAAAAUCCUAAUAAGAAACCAAAUGACCCAUAAAUGCCUUUUGGUCAAACACUAUCGAACAAGCCAAAUUCCAAUUAGAACAUAAGCAAACCACAUUCAAGCAUUCAGAGAUACAGGGGAAGAAAGCCAAGAAGAUUGAUUCGACAAUAAAAAAUGAGAAACUCAAUCAGAAAUCAACAAAUUGUAAAAGCUAACUCUGGGUUUCAUCUCCCAUUAGAUGGAAUCAAGCAAUCGAACAAGGAUCGAAACGAUCCCACAUCCUAUUCAUCUUCACGCAGCAAACGUAGGAACUCGUUUAUCGCCUAGUUCCUAUACUCACGAACCUGAUCUAGAGUCGGGUCAACAAGUUCUUGUACUCGGCCAGAAUAGCGUCGCGCUUGGAGCAGGACCCAGAAAAUGGCAUCGUGGAGGACCCCCUGCGGAUGAGAAUCUCGCCAUCGUCGACGGAGCGGCUGAGCUUGGCGUGGAUGGAGCCAAGGCCGCUUGGGUCUCGAGCUUGCCUUCAGAUAAGAUAUUGCAUUUGGCGGCAGCCGACAAGCAAGGCGAUGAUGCUGAGGGUGUAAAAAUUGAACGAAGGAGAUCAACUGAUCGAGGAAUAGAGCGGCGGAAGUUGAAGUGGGGAAAUUGCUGCAAUCGGUGAGCUGGGUCUCGAGGUUUCAGAGCGGAGUGAGGGAGAGAGAAGAGGAAUGAAAGAAAAUUGAAAAU